AUGUCCCCUCCUGCUGCCACUAGUGCCACUCCAAAAGAAAUGUCCUCCUCCACUGGCAGUUUUCGCUUCGCUCCACCUCCACCAAUGUCACCUUCUGCUGUCACUAGUGCCACUCCAAAAAAAAAUUUCUCCUCUGGCUGUUUUGACUUCGCUCCACCUCCACCAAUGGCCCCGUCUGCUGCCACUAGUACCACUCCAAAAGAUAGUUUGUCCUCGAGUUUGACUUUUGACUUCGCCCCAAAGUCUGCAGGCCAUUUCAACUUUCCUGUCAAGGCGACUCGCCAUAGUAAAUAUUAUCUCGACUUCGUCGUUCUCUUGGUUGAUAGCACACUAUAUAAAAUUCCUUCCCGUUAUCUUCUUGAGCACAAACCUAAAGCCCCCUUACUCUCGGAGUCGAAACUAUUCGCUGGACUUAAUCGUGGAGAAGGGUCCUCAGAUGACAACCCGCUAAGGCUUUGGCCAUUACCUUAUUUAUUGAAGGCAGACAAGUUUGAAUAUCUAGUUAGAGUUAUCUUGGCUCUGUCAUUGGGCUUUCCAACGCCGAAGGACUACUCUUUUGAACAGUGGUUCCACGUCCUCAAAUUGUCGAGGGCUUGGGAAUUAUCUGAGAUCGCAACACUUGCAAUGAAACAUAUAAAGGACCUCCCGCUCCCGCUAGUGAAAUUACCGCAAUGGUCCUCCGCACUCGAUUUCUGCUGCAACAAUCCUUUAUUUGCAGAUCUUCGUAGCCUGGCUAUUGCCCGGAUAGAGGAGCUAUAUAUUCCAACCCCGAUAGAUAAAAUCACGCUCGGACGCAAGCACCACAUCAAGCAUUGGAUGCUUGAAGGGCUACGCGGCCUAGCAACCGAACCAAGUCUGCCUCCUCAGCAAGACCUUCGGGUUCUGGACCAAGAUACCCUGAUGCGAUUCCUCUACUUGCGAGACGAGGUAUUGAAAUCAACGUCGAAAUUGGUUAAGGGGCCAGUCACAGCACUCGAAGUUUCCGAUGUGAAAGAAACCGAUCGGGUAGACAUUGGUCGACUCGUCGAGAAGCAUUUCAAAGAAGAGUUUUCGAAGAUGGAGCUCGUCAACAAAAUAGCUGGUGGUAUCAGUACAGGUGUAUCGCUGAAACGGUAG